AUGUCGUGGCAACCGAAGUUACGCCCCAAGGGCUUCCCACAUAGCAUUGACGACUUUGCUGUCGCUUCAUUAUCGGAAUUAGAACAUCGCUCACGAGGUGAUGAGAAGCGGGAUCAACGUGUUUUUCGGGUUAAACGGAAGCAUGUUCUGAAAGCGUGUGAUCGAUGUCGAGUUAAGAAGACUAAGUGCGAUGGGAAGCAACCUUGCAAUCGCUGCUCCGUCUACAACCACCCAUGUCUAUUCCGCGAGCGAAAAGCUACUCAGACCAAAGUCUAUUCUCGAGGAUUCGUCGAGAUGCUCGAAUCCCACCACUCAUUAGUCGUCAAAGCUCUCCAGAAAUUAUACAAAUUCUGCAUCACAAACGAAGGCUUCCCAGGCGACCCGCUCGAAGAAGCACCAGAUGGCCAUCCCUUAACCCACGCCAUCCUCGACAGAUUAGGACUUAUCAAACAAGCCGAAGAAAACGCCGACGAGCCAGACGAAGACUCAGAAGAUCUCCGCUACCUCCGUCUCCUCUCAACCUCAACAGAAUGUAGCGCGACAGCAGAACCGUCUCCGGAACCAACGACACCCCCAGAGCCAUCCCCGACAAGAAUGUCCCGUCCAUCCCUCUGCACAAAUCCGACCCCUACACCCCCGAUGAACCGCAAUCCACCUAAUUGGGGCUGGGAUAUACAAUCCAUGCCGCAAGGUAGCACGGGGUAUAACAACUACACAGACCCGGGAUACCAGAAUCUCAUGAACCUCCCACGGUCAGCGGGUAUGACUUCUUUGGAUCUGGGACCAGCAGAAAUCUCACCUCAUCAUGUUGAUAUUGCGGGGUCUUCGCUUCCGCAUGGCAAUCGUCAUGAGCAGGGGUAUUAUUAUCUUGAUGGGUGUGCUGAGACGCAGGAUGUGAAACCGGCGGCUAGGAUGCAUACGGGGAUUAUGCGGCCGAUGCAGCACCAAAUGGGGGUUUCUGGGGAUUUGUUGGGUGAUUUUCCGUUUCAGGCGCAGGAUUCGCCUUAUUUUCCGGGUUUUACGCCGGGUUGGUCUUUUCCGUCAACAUAG